UCUUGGGGGCUCCGCUCGCCCUCGAAACAUUCGCUCGCCGCUUUGCCGCGACGCCAUGACGAACUUAGAAGAGCCGCUGGAGGAGGAAAAGGUCGAUCUGCAGAGUGCCAGCGAUCGCGCCAGUCUUCUGAUGGGUCAGAUCAAUACCCGAGGACGGUAUCACAAGCCUCACGAGCGAAAUCUGGAACAAGACUACGAGGUGGACCGAGCACAUGUCUUGGGAAGCGGCGCCAAUGGCGCAGUGUGGCUGGUGAAAAACCUCCGGACCGGACGAGCCUUUGCCGCCAAGACGUAUUGCCUCCCUGGCAUCUCGGAACUCAAGUGCAAAGAGAUUGAAACGGAGGUGGAGAUCUUGCUGACCGUGGACCAUCCGCAUUUGGCUCGGAUGGUGGAUGCCUACGAGUCCAAGGACACGCUGACGUUGAUCAUGGAGCUCUUGGAAGGCGGCGAACUCUUCGACCGGAUCAUCUCCUUAGGUCAUUUUACGGAGCGAGACGCCGCCGGUAGCAUUUGGCAGAUGCUCUUGGCCAUUCGAUACCUGCAUGGCCUCGGCAUCGUGCAUCGUGAUUUAAAGUUGGAGAACUGGCUCUUUGAAAAGAAAGGAGGAGAAGAUUUGAAACUCAUCGACUUUGGUCUUUCAAAGUUUUGGGUUCCCAGCAAGAAGAUGGAGAUGCGAGUAGGAACCCUGGACUAUAUGGCGCCAGAGGUUCUGCAUCGGAACUACACCUCCAAAUGCGACUUGUGGAGUUUGGGGGUCAUCACCUACACGUUGCUGGUGGGCAGCUUCCCCUUAGCCGGCCGCGAUGGCGACACUGCCAUGCUGCAGCGCAUCGGCGCUGGAAAGUUCUCCAAAGAAAGGGAAGCGUGGCUGUCGGCCUCUCCAAGCGCCAAGGACUUUGUCGAGAAGUUGCUGUCAGUGAACCCAUCGCAUCGACUUUCAGCCGAUGAGGCCUUAGGACAUGCAUGGAUUGCCAAGAGAGAAGUGGUGGCAAAGAGCUAUGUCAACAAGGACAUCGUGGAUGCCUUGUGCUCCUUCUCUGAGAGUUCCGCCUUCAGACGCGCGUGCUUGUCGGUGAUGGCCAUCUCUUUGUCCAAUGAGGAACGUCAGGAGGUGCACAAGGCCUUCCUGGAGAUCGACAAGGAUCACAGCGGCACAAUUACCUUGUCGGAAUUGAAGAGCGUCCUGGAAGACAAGUUUCACAUCCAGGACGAUGCUGUUGCCAGGACCUUCCAUAGCCUUCAAUCUCCAAUGUCCUGUGAUGAGGAAAUCCACUACUCUGACUUUUUGGCUGCCAUGAUGUCCACCCGCAUCUCCCUCCACGACGACCUGCUACGGGGCGCGUUUCAACGCUUCGACGUGGAUAAUUCGGGGUACCUCACCAAACAGAAGCUCAAAAUGCUUCUGGGUGACUCACUGGCCGAUGAUGAGCUUGACGAAGUCAUGAACGAAGUGGAUGCGGACCAUGACGGACAGAUUUCCAUGAACGAGUUCGUGGAGUACUUGCACCACAGGAGAAGCAAUGAGAAACAUCUCCAGGCAGCGCACAAAGCCAUCGACAAGGAGCUGAAACGUCCUAUGCGAAAUUCCAAGUCGUCUGGUCAGAUGCCGAAUAUCCCAGUGCGAGAACGCCGCCGGAGCUCGGUGAUUGUCAAGAAGAACUCUACAAGAUCGACAUUGUCUACUGCCGCCAGCAAUAUCUUGGGAAAAGUGGCAGACUGUUGUCAACCUUUCUGUUGUGACGAGAUGGCUGCGCGGAUCCUCGAUGUCCGAAACUCCUUCAGAUGACGUGACGACCGGCGGGUUCAGAGAUUCCGCAAAUGCAGCGGCGGGAUGCAG